AUGGAAAUGAUGGUGAACCUAAUUCUACUUGCAGGACUGUGCUCUUUCUCUUUGUGCACUUCCCAAAACCAAUUCAUCUUUUUCCCAACUCCAAAAAACUGGACUGAGGCUCAGACCUACUGCAGAGAGAACUGUAUUGACCUGGCAACCACCAAUGACAUGGAUGAGUUAAAUGAUAUUCUACAAAUUGUUGAGGGCAAGUACGAUGAUGCUCUGUGGUUCGGGCUUAAGGAAGGGACGACCAGGAGUUGGCACUGGUCUUUGACAGGCACAAAAUUCUACAAGAAGGGAGAAGAAGAUUAUUUGCAGUGGAGCGUUAAUCCCGUUAAUAACUGUGGGUCUAUCUAUCAAGGACAACUGUCUGCACUUCCUUGUUCGAAUCUCCUACCUUCAGUUUGCUUUGAUGUAACAGCAAAAGGUAAAGAUCAACACAUUCUCAUUCAAGAACCAAUGAGCUGGACUGGUGCUCAGAACUACUGCAGAACCAACCACACAGACCUGACCAGUGUGAGGAACUAUGCAGAGCUCGGUGUCAUCCAGGGCCUAGCUGUUGGCCAGCGGGUGUGGAUUGGUUACUUCGGUGAUACCUGGGAGUGGUCAGACCAGACGGCUUCCUCACUGAGGUUCUGGCCACCAAACCAGAGUGUUUGGAGUGUAUAUACUGACAGCUGUGGGGCUUUUCUACUGGCUGAAUCUGGAAGAUGGGGAGGACGUAACUGUUCUGAAACACACCCGUUUGUCUGUUCCUGCAAUGCUACAGAAACCAAACAGAGGCUGAUAAAAGUGAGGAUCAGUCCAAAGGACUCAACGUUGGAUCUAAAUGAUCCUGCAGUGCUAAACAGCAUCUUGGAGCAAAUGAUGCUGAAGCUGAACAAAGAUGGGAUGAGUGAUGAGAAGCUACAAUGGAAAACACAGCCUGAUGGAAGGGUUUUUAUCAAGGAGACUCCCUUAAAAUAACACUGACAUUUAGCCAGUACUGAGCUUGAAGAUGUAAAAAAAAAAUGAUAACUAAAUCUAAUCUAAUAAAAUUGUGAUUGUUAUCAGUAGUAGUGUAGUAGUGUUAUUAGUAGAGCCUUUUAUCCAAAACAGCUUAUAAAUGAGGACCAAUAUUUAAGCUUUAACAAUGCAAGAAACUCUAGUGGAAGCAUGAAGCACUAAAUCUAAACCUUAUUCAGUCAUGAUUUGUUUUUUAUUUUCUUUGCAUGUGUGAAUAUCUGUUGUUAGUCAGGAAAACAUAAAAAAUGUAUAGAUUCUCGCAGGUUUUCAGGAAAUGACAUUUUAUUAUAUUCUAAAGCAAAGUUCAGACAAUAAGAUUUUCUGUGUCUUUAGACUAUGAUUACAGGACGAUAAAAUUUCAGCAGCUCCUGGUGAUUCAGUUAGUUUCCUCCACCUGAGAACUAGUUGUUUGUCUUCAUGUUGUCUCUGUUACAAGGCUGUUAUGAUUUUGAUCUUGUGUCAAACUCUGGUUUAAAAUCUUG